UUCGACUCCACCUUUGAUCUGCCCAACCUUUGUCUUCACCAUCUCAACUGAGAGCUCUUGUGGCUGAGGCUUAUUUAUGGCUUUUGGUACCCUGAAGUGAUACCCCUGUUCGGACUAUUUUGCCAUCUUCCGGGUUAGGUUACAUCAGUAGAAGCCAUGGGGAAUGAGAGCCAGCCUCUUACGGCUGGCAUGAACAGCUUGCCAAUAACCCUGCAAACGUUUCUAGACACUACUACACCUCGCCAGCUGCUUCCAUAUGCUCUCGCUAUUCUGUUAGCGUAUCCAUUCUUGGUCUCGUUGUUUCGAUUUCGCCGAUCCCAAUGGCUGCACCAGAAGUACCGGUACCCCACUCGGGAAUCCCUGGCUAAAAUGACUGACGACGAAGCUUGGGAGAUCCAGAAAGUGCUCCUACAACUGGAAUUUCCUUUCCUCUUCGUUAAAGCCCUCCAAUUUGCUCUUUUUAGGACCUACGGAAUCCCCACUAUAUCCGGGCUGCUCACCAAGACCAGCCAAUUCUCCAACCCGGAGACAUCUUACAAGCGCUACGCAGACACUAGUGCCCUAAUCCAGGAAUUUAUAGGCAAUGCUCCGUCUUCAAAACGCACCAUCACAGCCAUCGCUCGUACGCGUUUCCUCCACAAUGACUAUCGCACCUCGGGCAAGAUCUCCGAGAAUGACAUGCUCUACACGCUUGGCCUCUUCGCCAUCCAACCCAUACGAUUCAUUGAGAAGUACGAAUGGCGCCAGCUAACCGACCUCGAGAAAUGCGCCAUCGGCACAUUCUGGAAAAGCCUAGGCGACGGCCUCGGAAUUAGCUACGCGGCCCUCCCCUCAAACAAGGCAGGUUUCCGCGAUGGCCUCCAAUGGCUCGAAGAAAUCAUGGCCUGGAGCGACGCCUACGAGGAGAAGUGCAUGGUCCCCGACGUCAAGAACCGGGAGACGGCCGAUCAGACCACCGCCGUGCUACUGUACAUGGUCCCGAAGCCGCUCGAGCAUGUCGGGCUGUACUUCGUCUCCUUCAUGAUGGACGACCGGCUACGACGCGCCAUGCUGUAAGUGUGCCUGAAACGUAGUUCCCUCUGUGUAACGAUUUAAUUAACCCGAUAUAGGUACGACCCUCCGCCGGCAUCAU